UCUGAUGACCUUUCUCUUUUAAGGAUUUUUUUUCCUUCACAUUUUGAGUUGGUUUCUAUUUUCCCUUCAUUUCAGUUAAAUCCUUAAAUAUAAUUUUGCUGAUUAUUUAUUCAUUGUUCAAGAAAGAGGCAUUAUCGUAGUGUGCUUAAGGGCAUUGCUUUGGAUCCAGACUCCUGAGUUUGAAGCCCAGUAUAUCAUUCACCACCUGUGUGACCUCGACAAAGUAUUUAACCAUCUGUCAAAUGUGGAUAAAAGUGGUAUCUACCUUGUAGGGUUAUUAUGAAGAUUAAAUGGGUUUAUACAUGUAAAGGACCCAGGAUAGUGCCUGGCACAUAGUAAACACUCAGUAAAUAUUAGUUACUGUUAUUCUUUCCUGCAACAGAUGAUUUGUUCUUUAUCUUAUGUAGCAUCAUCAAAUGUUCUUCUUAAUGGCUCAGCAUUUUUAGUAAGCUAAAGAUCAAGUUACCCUGAAUAAACUGUGGUACAUUCAUACAGUGGAAUCUUAUGCAGUCAUUAAAAGGAUGAGGUAGAUCCUACAUAUACUGACCAGAAAAAGUACUAAUGAUAUUUUUAGAUGUUAAAGUAGUAUGUGGUUCCACUUUCAUAGCAGAAUUUAAUAUUUAAAAACUGUAUUGAGAUCAAGACAUGUCUUUGUGAACACAAGAAAUUAAUUAGAAAAGGUAUAUACCUUGGAUGAAUGGGUGGAGAAGAGACUUGAACUAUUGAACUUUCUACCAUAUAUGAUUUUAAAAGUGUGGGAUUGUGGGGUUACAUAUAUAUGUAUAUAUAUUUACUUCUUGUGCAUUUCAGUAUUUUAAAAACAUAACAAAACUUUUUUGGCUUGUGUUGGAUAGCUAAUGAAAGUUCAUAUGCUUCUAGUACUUUUUCUUUAAAAACAGAUUUAUAAGAAUAUGGUAAUACAGGAAGAUAUUUUUUGUUCCAGUGAGUCAAGAGAUAAAAUAUUUUCAAUUAUUUCUUUGUGUGGGUAGAUCAGAAAGAAAUGUGUUGGUCACAAAUGCUUACUCAUACAGAGGUAUACACAGGUGUGUGCACACAGCCUUAAAAUGACUGAGUUGCUCUGGAAAAUGACAGAAAUUCAUGUAAGGCACGAUGAAGAAAUAGGAGAAAUACAUGUAUGUAAAUAUAUUCCUAGAGCAGCGUUUUUCACAUUUGAAUAAUAGUUGCAAAAUAGCUAGUAAUGGAAUUACCUACAUUUGAGUACUCACUGUGUGCCAAGCAGUGUUCUAAGUACUUAAGAUUACUAUUUUACUGUUACAUUUGUAUGUAUUUAUGUGUCUAGAAUAUAUGUGUAAUAGUAUACAUGUUUUCACAUAGUUGUAAUUGAGUGUACAAUCCUUGAUCUGUCAAUCUACCAUAAGCUUCUAGAAAAUAACAAUGAACUCUUCUGUAAUUACUUCUAAAGACAGAUAAUUUUUCUCAUUUCUGAUAUUCUUAAUUCCCUUGAAAAGUUCUUUCUAUAUGCUGUGCAAAACCAAGAAGCCUGAUAUGCAUGAUGUCUUUGUGGUUAAUUGCUAUAAAGCCAAUAUUUAAAUUUCUUUGAGUCCUCUUUUACUGGCCGGUAUCAUGGGAUGAAGAGCUGCGCAGGAGGGGAAUGUAUACGUGGCUCUCGGUCUUGUGCAUUUUGUGACAAAGGAAUUCCCCUUUCAAUCACGCUGCUCUCCUGGAGCCCCUGGAGCCUCUGGCUCAAGCGGCGCAGUCGGUCUGUGCAGUGUCCCUGACGUCAUCCAGCGUAUGCAUAAGCCCUGCUAUUGUCUUACUGCUACAGCAGGGCUGGGGAUUGCAGUAUCCGCUGUUGCUGCUGCUCCCAGUCCUGCCCCUGCUGCUACCUAGUCCAGCCUCACUGCAUCCCAGAAGAGCCACGUCGGCCUUCAUUUGCCUAGUGGAUUUUCAAAAGCAGCUCUUCGGUUUUUGGUGCUGUUAAGAGACCUUGCAUUUCAAUCACACGGGAGAAAACUGAAGCUCGUAACAGGAGAAUCUGGCAGCUGGACACAGCUUGGACUGCAUUGUCUGGCUUCAUGACCCCUGCUGUGUAGCCGGCUCAUCUCUUCACUCUCACAUGUACACUCUCCUAGCUUUUCUUUCUUUUUUUUCCCCGUUUCUUUCUUCUGAUUUUUAAAAAGCAGCCUCUGGAGCCAGCCAUGUUUGGCACUGAAUCUUCAUUGAGCAUGUUUUUGAACACAUUAACACCGAAGUUCUACGUGGCCCUAACAGGCACUUCCUCACUAAUAUCAGGGCUUAUUUUGAUAUUUGAAUGGUGGUAUUUUCGCAAAUAUGGAACUUCAUUCAUUGAACAAGUCUCAGUAAGCCACUUGCGCCCCCUUCUGGGAGGGGUUGACAACAACUCUUCCAACAAUUCUAAUUCCAGUAACGGGGACUCAGAUUCCAAUAGGCAAAGUGUCUCAGAAUGCAAAGUAUGGCGAAAUCCACUAAAUUUAUUUAGGGGUGCUGAAUAUAAUCGGUAUACUUGGGUGACAGGACGAGAGCCUCUUACUUACUAUGACAUGAAUCUCUCUGCCCAGGACCACCAGACAUUCUUUACUUGUGACUCGGACCAUCUGCGUCCCGCAGAUGCAAUAAUGCAGAAAGCCUGGAGAGAGAGAAACCCCCAAGCUAGGAUUUCUGCAGCUCAUGAAGCCUUGGAGAUAAAUGAGUGUGCAACUGCUUAUAUUCUCUUGGCUGAAGAGGAAGCAACAACCAUUGCUGAAGCAGAAAAACUAUUUAAGCAGGCCCUGAAGGCUGGAGAUGGCUGUUACCGACGCUCUCAGCAGCUACAACAUCAUGGAUCCCAGUAUGAAGCCCAACAUAGACGAGACACCAAUGUCUUGGUGUACAUCAAAAGAAGGCUAGCAAUGUGUGCCAGAAGACUCGGAAGGACCAGGGAAGCAGUGAAAAUGAUGAGAGAUUUAAUGAAGGAGUUCCCCCUUCUGAGUAUGUUCAAUAUCCAUGAAAACCUUUUAGAAGCCCUUCUGGAACUACAAGCAUAUGCUGAUGUUCAGGCAGUCUUAGCAAAGUAUGAUGAUAUAAGCUUACCAAAGUCAGCAACAAUAUGCUACACAGCUGCUUUGCUCAAAGCAAGAGCUGUCUCUGACAAAUUCUCUCCUGAGGCUGCAUCUCGGCGGGGGCUGAGCACAGCAGAGAUGAAUGCAGUAGAGGCCAUUCAUAGAGCUGUGGAAUUCAAUCCUCAUGUGCCAAAAUACCUACUAGAAAUGAAAAGCUUAAUCCUACCCCCGGAACAUAUCCUGAAGAGAGGAGACAGUGAAGCAAUAGCAUAUGCAUUCUUUCAUCUUGCACAUUGGAAGAGAGUGGAAGGGGCUUUGAAUCUUUUGCAUUGUACGUGGGAAGGCACUUUUCGGAUGAUCCCUUAUCCGUUGGAAAAGGGGCACCUAUUUUAUCCUUACCCAAUCUGUACAGAGACAGCAGACCGAGAGCUGCUUCCGUCUUUCCAUGAAGUCUCAGUUUACCCAAAGAAGGAGCUUCCCUUCUUUAUUCUCUUUACUGCUGGAUUAUGUUCCUUCACAGCCAUGCUGGCCCUCCUGACACAUCAGUUCCCGGAACUUAUGGGGGUCUUCGCAAAAGCUAUGAUUGACAUUUUCUGCUCGGCAGAGUUCAGGGACUGGAAUUGCAAGAGUAUUUUCAUGUGUGUUGAAGAUGAACUGGAAAUCCCUCCGGCACCUCAAUCUCAACAUUUUCAAAACUGAACUCAUCACUCUUCUUCCCCCACCACCAAAACUGCUCCUCUUCCUGUAUUCCUGACCUCCGCCAUCCACCCCAUUGCUCAAGCCAGAAACUCGGCAGCCCUUCCAAACUCUUCCCUCUCUCACUCCCCACAUCCCAUCUGUCUCAGCCUUCACAGUCUGUCAGUUCUAACCUCCUAAGCAACUAGGCCUUCAGUAAAUGUGAUUCACUUCUUCUUUCCCUCCUUUUCCCAAAGCAUCCCUCUUAGUCUAGGUCCUUGUUAUUUCUUGCCUGAACUCCUGCCGUAGUCUUAACUGGUCCCCUUGCUUCCUGUCUUAUCCUCCACCAGUCUUUCUUUUAUACUGACACAAGAAUGGUCUUUCUGAAUUGCACAUCUGAGCAUGUCACUUUCCUGCUUAAAUUUCUCUAGUGGUUUCCCACUGACUUCAGAUCAAGUCCCAGCUGUUCAGCAUGGCAUCCAAGGCUCUUUAUGAUCUGGCCCUUGCUUACAUCUCAGCCUUAGCUCUCCCAACUCUUGCACAGUCACUGCUCUUCAGCCAUAGUGGAUCACUCACCAUUCCCAGAUGCACCGGGCUCUCGCACACCUCUGCGCCUUUGCACGUGCUGUUUGCUGUGCGUGGAAUGCCCUUCACUGUCACCACCCUGCUCAUCCACUCUACUAAUGCCUCUUCAUUCUUUUGUACUCAGGUUUCUUUAAAGUUCUUCUAAGCUGAGUUAGGUGCCUGUCCUUUAUGAUCCCGCAGUAUUCCAUGAAUACGUAUAUUCUCACAUUUAUUGUACUGUAUUAUAAUUGUUGAAAACUUGUCUGUCCCAUUUAGAAUGUGAGCUCCUUGAGAGCAGAAUGGUGUCUUCUUUAUCUCUGUAUCCCCAAGGCUUUGCACAGUGCCUUGCCCAUAGUAGGUUUUCAAUAAAUGAUUAUUAAAUAAAUAAUAAA